AUGGCUCAAAUACCAAAAAGAGGUGGUAAAAAAAUUGACGAUUAUUUUACAAAAAAAUCCAGAGAUGAAAUUGAAGUACAGGAGCGUAAGACUGCUAUGGAACCCAAGCCUGGAUGCAGCUCGACAACUUCAAGGUCCGGUGACGACGUCAACAGAUGUCAAAUUCCAAAACCUUACCAGGAAAAUGAUCGAUGGUUCAAUUUUCAAUGGCUGCUCGACCAUCCAUGGAUAAUUGUUAAUGCCACUAAUGAUGGGGUCACUUGUUCAACGUGUGUAAAAUCGGUCGAGUUGAAACUAAUUCCAAUUCCAUCUGGAGUCAACCCAUUCAUUGCAGACGGGUUUGGAAACUGGAAGAAAGGCAAGGAGCGUCUCAGUCGACAUGAAAAUAGUGAACAACAUCAAACAGCGUCAAUGAAACUGGCUAGUCUACUAGAAAAACCCAAACAAAUCUCGACAAUGUUAUCUUCACAACUCAAGGUGGACCAGGAAAUGGCUCGGAAGUGUUUACGUGUUAUGCUGACCUCGAUAGCCUAUCUUGGAAAACAAGGAAUUUCAAUUCGUGGACACAAUGAUGAAGACGGAAAUUAUAUGGAAUUGCUUCAGUUGAGAAGAAAUGAUGUCCCAGAAUUAAAUUCAUGGUUGCGCCGUACGAAACCUCUCACCUCGCAUGAUAUUCAAAAUGAGAUGGCUGACCUUAUCUCCAAACACGUGCUAAGGGGAAUUGUUGAAAAAAUUCAGUCGCACAAAGAAUUUAGCCUUAUUGUGGAGGAGACGACGGAUUUUUCCGGCAAGGAACAAACCUCUUCGACGACGGGGGAGUCAAUCUGUGCGUUACUUCAGGACGCUCUUACUCGGGAUGGCUUAGACACUUCAAAUUUGAGGGGCCAGUGCUACGACGGAGCAAGCAACAUGUCCGGAAAAUUUAUUGGCGUACAACGAUUGAUGAAAGAAGUGGAGGGGCGCGCCCUGUAUGUUCAUUGCCUUAAUCAUUGUCUCAAUCUUUCACUCCAAGACGUUACAAAAUCGGUGCCAUUAAUAAGAGAUGUCCUGCAAUGGAUUAAUGACGUCGGGGUUUUGUUAAACCGUUCAGCAAAAAGACUGGACCUUUUCGCACAGAUCGCGAUAGACCAGAAUGUCGACGUGAAUGCUGUGCGACCCUUUUGCCCUACCAGGUGGACCGUUCGAGUGAGGAGCAUCGCAGCAAUUCUAAAAAGCUAUUCAGUGUUGCUAGAAUUCCUGGAAGAACUGGGGAACCAAAACGAUGCUAACGCUCCUGUUGCAAGAGGGCUGCUAUCGCAAUUCGAGAAAGGGUCCGUGUAUUUUGGAAUUCUGCUAUGCCGCUCUAUUUUUGAGCCUACCGAGGAACUUGCCCGUGCACUACAAGGUCCGCAAAUUAGUCUUGCUGGUUCCAUCGAAGCGGCACUAAACGUUGUACACUUUUUGGACAACAGAAAAUCUCAAGAACACUUUGAGCUCAUGUGGGAUAAUUUGUACACCAAAUUAGAACAAUUCAAUUUGAUCGAACCCACACUGCCAAAGGCCAGGAAAGUAACAAGUCGUUACGCCGAGUCGAUAGAGUCAAUUAAAAUAUUUGAAUCGGCUAAAGAUUUGCACCGAUAUGUUUAUAAUCAAGCCCACCAGAUGAUAAUUGAAGAAAUCAAUCGGCGGUUUAAUCAACCAGAUAUUCAGGAGUACGAAAAAUUGGAACGCCUAAUUUUGCAACCACUACUUGACGAAGACUCAUUGGUUUCAUUCUGCCAGAUUUAUGAGUUUGACUUUCAAAAACUGAAGUGCCAAUUGUGCAUGAUUCAUCAAACGUUCCCUCACCAGUCCACCACAAUGGAACUCGUGGAAAAUUUCAGAAGUUUGUUACCAGAAACAAAGAGCAUGUUCAGUGAAGUGUCAAAAUUAUUCAAGUUACUUUUAGUAGUUCCAGCCUCAGCAGAGCGAAGUUUCUCUUUACUUCGAAGAAUAAAAACUUAUCUCCGGUCGACCAUGACUGAAUAA